AGGCUGGUUUAUUUAAAGGCCAGAGAGGGCAUGGGACAACCUGACUGAGCACCAGGACUCCUCUGCAAAGACCUGGACCCCAGCUCUGAGUCAAUAUGGCUGACACAAAUGUUAGAAUCAGUGGGGGGGCAGUCAGAUUUGGAGCCACUUAUGGAGGCAAUCGUCUGUUCUCAGGGGCCAAAGGAGGUGGAGGUUCUAGCAUGGUUCUGUCCCGUUCAUUUGGAGGGGCGAGGGGCACAGGAGCUGUCGGAGGAGGUCUUGGUUUGGGGUUUGGAUUUGGAGGUCUAGGUCUGAGUGCUGGUGCAGGUGCUGGUGGAGCAGGUUUCGGCUUGGGUGGUGGCGCACUUGGCUUAGGUAGUGGUUUGGGUAUGGGGGUUGGAGGCAGCAGAGCUGGCAGCUUCAGGGCUGGUGUGGCUCCACUAAGAGCACGUCUGGGUGGCCGUGUCUUCAAGAUUGGAAGUUAUGGUUUUAAUCCAUCUUUCUUGAGUACCAGCACAACAGUGGAUGCAGGUGUCAGUCCGGUACCCACCAUUGACCCCACACUCCCAUCCAUGGACUGCGUGCGUAUCACACGCUUGAAGGAGAAGGAAGAGCUGCAAGUCCUUAAUGACAAAUUUGCAAACUUCAUUGAUAAGGCUCGGUCACUGGAGCAGCACAAUGCUGUACUCAGAGCCAAGAUUGGCAUGUUUACCAAUCCUGAGCAGGGUGGUCCUGCCAGCACCAGCAUACUGCUCACAUCAGCUAUAGGAAACUACAAAGCCCAAAUUGAUGCACUUACUGCCAAUAAAGAGGCCAUCAUUGCUGAGAUAGAACACUAUAAAGGCAUCAUCGCUGACGUGCAGGCCAGAUAUGAAGAGGAAAUGGCUCAGACCAAAUCUCUGGAGAUAGAAUGGAGCACUUUAAAGGAGGAGGUGGACAACCUUUACCUUACAAUUUUUGAACUGCAAGCUGGUAUCAGUGGGCUGGAAGAUCAGAUUGCUCUGUCAAAGCAGGUGUAUGAUACUAAAGUUAAAGAGGUCAGAAAUAUUGUGACUGGCAGCAUGAAGUCAGCUGUCUCCAUCUCAGUGGAUAACGCAGCACAGGCGCAAGACCUCACCUCUGCCCUUGGAGACGUUAAAGCUCACUAUGAAGCUCUGGCAAAUCGCAGCAAACAGGAUGCACUUCUCUCCGUGCAGGACAGUAUCUCCAUGAUGGCCAUUUCAACUCAGCCCAAUAUUCAAUCCCUCACUUCAGCCAAAGAGGAGCUGCGAGUCUACAAACUACAAAUUGACUCUGUGCAGAGAGAAAUUGACCGACUCAAAUCACUGAACACCCAGCUAGAAUCACAGGUAGAUGAUGCUGAAUCUCACUCCAACUCACACAUAGACACCUACCAGGAACAAGUGGAUGUGCUCAAGUCCCAGCUGGAUGACCUCAGAAAGCAAAUUACACAUUACGGACAGGAAUACCAGGAACUUCUGGCCAGCAAAAUGUCUCUGGAUGUUGAAAUCACAGCUUACAAAAAACUCCUGGAUGGUGAGGAGAACAGGUUGAAGUCUGGGGGUGGUGUCACAGUGCAUAUGUCUAAGACAGCAGUAGGAGGAGGUGGAGGAGGAGGUGCUGGAGCUGCUCUGGCUUUUGCUGCAGGAGGAGGCGGAGGAGGAGGAGGGUCUGGGCUUGGAGGUGGAUAUGGCUAUGGUAUGGGCAUGGGUGUAGGAGGUCUUGGAGGUGGCCUUGGAAGUGGUUAUGGAGGUGGCCUUGGAAGUGGUUAUGGAGGUGGCCUUGGAAGUGGUUAUGGAGGUGGCUUUGGAGUGGGAAUGGGAGGAGGAGGAGGAGGAGGAUACGGGCUAGGAACAGGUGGGAGUAGCUAUGUAUCCUCCAACUUGAGCAGCAGCUCUCUCUCAACCAGUGUUUACUGAAGAAACUGAAUCAUCCAGCCUCUUUAACACUGAGCCACAAAAACAGCAGCGUCGGCCUGAAUACUGCUUCCUGAAUUAAACUCCAGCUCUUUUUCUUUCUUAAGCCUUUACUAUCUUCCAACUGAACAAAUACUUCAAGUUUCUACAGCUCUAUAAUUUUGGGUUAUUUUCCUCUUUACAUAUUCAAUAAAGCAUUUCCUACUUUUUAAAUUCAUAAUGUUCUAAGACUUAAUAAAACAAUGCUCAAAUAA